AUGUCUCUCAACUAUUCCGAUUUCCCUGAGAACCUUGCUACAAGUUAUGCGUUUGAGAAAACUCCACGACUAGAUCCUCAAGUAGAAGAUGCAAAUGUCCAUAUCCACUUUGCAAAAGUUUUGAAAGACUUUAGAGUAAAUUUCGGUCACCGUCUUGUUAACGAAUUAAUCAAAGAUUUCCGAAAGUUCUCGGCUCAGGAACUUCUGAGUUGCUACGAACAGAAUGCAGAUCAAAGCAUAAUCGAAAACUGGAUUUUGGAAAGUCAAUUUUGGGACUUGGUAGAAACAGUUUUUCAAGACAGAUUUGUCAAGGAUUUAUCUAAUCGUGAUAAGGAGGUUCAGAGGAUGAAAAAGAUCAACAAAUUUACAUCUAGAUCCAUUAUGUCAGACAAUGCUCUGAUGCAGAAUUCUGAGCUGUCCCGAAUUUACCUCCUGAUGAAUUGGCUUUCGAAAAGUUUCAAACUUGAUCUUAUUAAUAACGACGACAAAAUUGAUGUGAGCUCGUUGCCCGCAACCAAAUGGCUUAAUACGAAAAUGCGAAUUCAAUCCAACAAUCUAAGAGAUGCACAUGGGUAUCUUGACGACGAUUUUUAUCUGCGCAAUUCCAGCGAUGGUUUACAUGAUGAUGAUAGACGUGAGAAUGAUAAUUUUUUCAAAGCUUGCUUCUACUUGCUUCUUUCCGGAGAGACAGAACAGCUAUUUCAACUGUGUGAGAAUACAAAUAACUGGGGUUUCUCGCUCAUAUUGACAGCUUUGCAGGAUUAUAUUGACCCUAGAGUUGAACUGGAUGACGAUGCUGCAAAGCCUGUAGGCGUGAAGAAUACAAUCUUGUGGAGACGCUCUUUAUACAGGUUAUGUCAGGCCAAAAAUCUCUCUAAAUACGAGAAAGCGUGCUACGGAUAUCUCUGUGGAGAUGUUGACUCGUGCCAACAGCAGGCUCGCUCCUGGGAAUCUAAAUUGCUGAUUUACCUCAAUAAUAUUUUCCUUUAUGAGCUAGAACAAGGAAUGGUUGCAUCAGAGUAUCCCUUAAGCUCAAAUUUAACAUCUGAUUGGUGUGCUUUUCGACUUUCCCGACCACCAAAGGUUGCGGAAACCAUUACUGAUGCGUUGAAUAUGAUAGCAUCUUCUUCAGAUCAAAUUAUCAAAGAUCAGAGUCAGCAUCCUCUUCGUGUUCUUAUGGGGUCUGUAAUGUCCGAUAACGUUGAGACUCUCAUGAGAAAUUGUUUGGAUUCACUUCAAAGUUUAUUACUACGGUCUGCAGGAGAAUUCGACUCGUUUGAACUCACCAGUGACGCUUAUCUAUUAAGGGUCCUUGUCCAUUUUGCGAUAGUUUUGGAACUGAUUUUCGGUGAUCAAUUGAUAUCAAAUACCGAAUACACUGAGUUGCUGAGAUCCUAUAUUUCAAGGCUAAUUUUAUACAAGCAUUAUGACUUGAUUCCAAUUUAUAUUUCCUUCAUCCCCAAGGAUGAAGAUUUAGUGGAUUUAUAUUCACAUCUGAUUUCGCAUUAUCAAUUUGAGAAGAGCGAGCGGGUCAAACAGCUCAAACUUAUUAGACAGCUCAAUUUGCCAUUAGAAUCAAUACUGAGAAAAAGUGCCACGACACUAUUCAAUUCCACCAAGCACAUGUAUAUUCACGAUCAAGAAAUCUGUCUAACCUCGGACGUGGCCGACUGUGAUCGCAAAUUGUUUAGUACAGUUUAUUGGUUCCAUGAUGCUGGUAUGCUGUGCGACUGCAUUGAAUCUAUGGUUUCCCUUUUUAGAAGGCUAUUAUUAUGUGGAAAGGUUCAAGCUACUAUUGAGAUGAUUGAGUCGUUUAACGUAUCUGAUGUUAUUCGCGAUUACAAAUACAAGGUCGAAUCAUUGGAGGGGAUCGACGAACUUCCAAAUGAAUUUUCGAAUGGACUGUUUGUGAUUCCAGCUUUCAAACUUGAUGAGUUGAUGCAGUAUCAGAUAUUUGCGGAAAAUUUCAAGAGUUUGAAUGAAUUUCAACGGAACAGUCUCUGCAUGAAGUCUGAAGCUCUUAUUGAAAAUGUGCUGAUAACUUCAUCUUCUAUAGAACAACUCAUUAAGUCGUUUUUGUUUGAUCUUUCAAACGACCAGUUCAUUGACCUGGAGGAUCGCAAAAUCUAUUGUGAGCUGAGACAGCUAUACAUACCUGCUUUAUUCGACAUGACGUUCAACUUGUUGAUCUCCUUCGAAAAGCAUUCAAGUGAUUUGCUGGUUAGAAAAGCAAUGGAACUUGUUCACUUAUUAAGCUCAAAUGAGUUCAGACUCUAUGAGGUGUUCAGAGCAGCUAAGAAACUCAAAUCAUUUCUGAAAAAGUUUGCUGCUUUAAGCAGUGAGAAUUACAUAUUCUGA